AUGGACAAAAAUCCGCACUUCAUCUACUUUUUUGUCCUUUUUCGGAUUGGUUUUCGGAUUUUUUGCUGGCUGGGAAAGCAGUUGCAGGUUGUGAGUGUGUAUGGGUGAAAAUUUUCGAAGUUGAGUGACUGGAUCGGCCGAUCGGGGAUUGAGUAGGUGAGGCAUGAGUGACAUUCUCGGCCAUACCAUGCCCGAUAAAAUGCCGCCAAGAAAGACCGAAGUGAUGGGUUAUAUCAAACAAACAAAAAAAACACUUACAAUAUUUGAAUUUGUGAAUAAUAUUAGUUAACAUAUUGCAGUAAUAAAGAAGUAAUUAGAAGAAAUUCAUAUUUUCGAUUAAGAUUUUCCUUUUAUCAUGAAAAAUUUGAUUUAUUAGAAUUGUGUUAUUUAAUAUUCCCUAUGAUGUUGAAAUAGAAGCAUUUGAAUUGAGCUUUGUUGGAUUAUGAAAUGAAUAGGGACACGAAUUUCGAUACGAUACGAUACCAUAUCGAUACUUUUGCCAUUCGAUACCGAUAUUUUAUACUCGAUAGUUUUACACCGAUAUUUUUUGGAAUCGAGUACAUGAACUUCAGUAUCGUAUCGUAUUUUCGGAAAAAAUUCUACCAGUCAUAAGUUAAUAUGAAACAACCUAUGGUUCGCACAGACGCUACGUUGUAAGCUUAUCCCUUUCUAAUGCUUGGCGCGCUAUGUCAUCAGAUUUGCGCCAAAAGUUUACAGUUACAUAUUCGACUUCACCAAAAGUAGCGGUAGUUUGCCAAAUAAGUAUUACCAUGUAUUUCGUCAUAAUCAGAGUUUCCUCUGUUGUUAUUUAUAUUAAGAACACUUUUAAUUUUUGCAUACUAAAUAUAAGUAAAAUCCAGUUAGAGUUAUAAUAAAUCUAACAUAUUACGGAAGCUUGAAUAGAUUUGAAAAAAAUAUUAGAGAAAAUGUUGUUCUUUUAGCAAGUUUUUUUACUAAUUUAUAAUAAAACAUUUUCUUAAAAGAACUUUGAUUAAUAAUGUACUAGUUUUACUUGAUAAACUCUGAUAUUUUGUUGAUUUUUUAGUAUAAGUACAAAAUUUUUGUGGAAGUGUCCUUUUACAAAGCAUUAAAAAUCUACUUCAUUUUUUGAAUAAGAACAAUACGCAUUUAACAGGUAGUAGCAAUGUCUUUAGUUUUUGCUUUUGCUCUCUAUAAUGUCAAAAUCUGUCAACAAAGGUUGAUAGCUUAGAGUAAUAUAAGCAAAGUUUGACAAUUUAGAGACCAGAUACAAACAAUCAAACCAUGUGCUCUACGUGCUGAAUGUGCAUUGGAAUUAUGCCAUUAUAUUAUUUGCAAAUUAUAAAAUUCAUUGAAGAUUUCGAAAAAUAGAUUGUGUAAAUAAAUACUUUUACAACUUUCAUAUCAGUAUGAAAGCAAAAUUGUUUGCCUCGUAAAUACGUAUAUACGUAUAUAUUUAACAAUGUUAUAUGUUUUAAUAUAUUUUUUACAUAUUUAAAACAAAAAGACAUUAUAAAAUUACAUGCAAUCGCUUUUUGGCCAACUAAGGGUGUACAAAUUAAAAACGACUCUGUGUUCGGGUUCUAAUAGAGCAGUGGCAACACUUAACACUGUACUGAUACAAAACUCAUCUUCAUUUACACAUUGAGAUUUGGUCAUUGUACAUUGCUGCAAGCAAUAUCGUUGGUCAUUGUAUUUUUUGGUAAGUGCUCAAUUUUACUACACAUUUUACAAUAUUUUAACUUAAAUAAAUAUUUACAGGUUAUGAAAAGGAGCGAGAUUUGGAAAUAUUACUCGGCGAAAAAUGAAAAGGAGGCAAAUUGCAAAAUUUGCUUCAAGACCAUAAAGCGCUCGGGAAACACCACAAACUUGCAAAAGCACAUUCGGACACACCCGGUAUUAUAAUUAUAAUUUUUUAUCUAAAUGCAGAUAUGUAAUUGUUUAUAUUCCAGCGCUAGAAGAGAUGUGCAAAGUGUAGAUGAAAGGCAGAGAAAGAUGCCUGGGUGUAAGGAACCGGCACAAGAACGCAACAAUGGGACAUCGCCAAGACCUAGUGAUGUUUCGGAGGAGAACGAAAAAUCCUCACCAAUGACACUUACGCCGAAAUCAGCUUCAACUAGGCAGCAGCGUUUGGGGGAAUGUGUAAAACGACAAUCUUUAUACGCGGAAGUAGGUGCGCAGGAAGUGGCUAUUGCCAAACACAUUCUGUACUUUACAUGCAAGGACAAAAGACCAUUCGAUAUCGUGAAAGGCAAAGGGUUCCAGAAACUUUUAAAACUGUUGUGCCCUUCGUACACCAUUGCUUCAGUUGACACCUUAAAGUCCAGACUAGAUGACAUUUACACAGUAAAAAUGAAUGAGGUUAUUGGAACCUUUCAAGAAGUGUCUUCAUUUGCUCUUAUGUGCGAUGUGUGGACUGAGACGAUGUGCACAAAGAGUUUCUGGGCGUAACUGCACAUUAUAUACACAACAACAAAAUGAUGAGGAGAUGCCUAGACACAAAGGAAUUGGAAGAGCGACAUACUGCUGACUAUAUAGCCGAAAAUUUAAGAUCGGUUUGCGCGAAGUUCCAUAUUGAAGCAAGCAAAAUAACGUGCGUCGUUACCGAUAAUGGUGCAAAUAUGGUGGCAGCUGUCAAUGCUUUUGUGGGUAGAUCCAAUCACUUAUCCUGUUUUGCACAUUCAUUGAACUUAAUAGUUGAGUCCGUCUAUAAACUUGAAUCUUUCUGCGCGCUUUGCGAAAAAGUAAGAAAUAUUGUUAAGUUUUUUAAAAAUAGCGUUGUAUAUAGUGACAAACUCCGCUCUUCGCAAAAUUGCAAUCCGCCAUUAAAACCAAUUUUAGAUGUUCGAACGCGCUGGAAUUCAUUGUACUAUAUGUUAGACCGGUAUGUACAGCUCGCGCCAACAAUUCACCAAAUAUUAGUCCUUGAUUCCAAAGCGCCUCCUAUACCAACAGCUCAAGAGUUAAAGACGAUUACAACUAUCUUGGAAGUUUUAAAGCCGUUUGAAAAUGCAACAAAGGAAAUCUCUGGAGAACAAUUUGUGACAGUCAGUAAAGUUAUCCCAAUAGUUAAAACCCUUCGUGCACAAAUGAGAAAUGAGAUGGUAAAAAAACGGUUCGAAUAACGACAUAGUUAACAAAGUGAAAAUGGUUCUAAAUGACCAAUUAACUAUUCGCUUCAAAAAUAUUGAAGAAAAUCACAUUCUUGCCUUGUCAUGUGUUUUAGACCCAAGAUUCAAAAAUAUUACGUUUUCCGAUCCGUGUGCUUAUGCCAGAUGCCUAUCUUGGCUGCGGGAUAUGCAAAGUCAUGAGGAAGUGUCUGAGGCACAAAAAGAUUCUGACGUGGAAGUUGUAGAAUCCCCCGAAAAUAAUGAUUUUUGGAACCACAUUAGAACCUUGGCAUCUGGAAGGGAAGGGGGUCGCGGGACACAACAAAGGGAAAGCAUUAGUGAAUACAUACAUUGCAAACUUCUUCCAGUAAAUGCUGAUCCGUUGCAUUUCUGGAAAGAAAAUAUAAUCAAAUAUCCUUUUUUAUCUAAAACUGCGCUUAGAUAUCUUGGGAUACCAGCAACGUCUGUCCCGUCAGAACGAUUGUUUUCUAAGGCAGGCUUCACAAUGGCGAAAACGCGCAACAGGUUGGCGGGUAAGAGGCUAGAUAAAUUGCUUUUCUUGGCGGAUUGCACUGAGGAGGAGUGGGGUUUUUGAAGAGGAUUUUUCGCGUUCAAUAUGUUUACGGAUAUUCAACUCAUUUUUUGAUUAAUUCUUUAAUUUAUACGAGUUGCAUUUUCGUAGUAUGCAUAAAAAGGCAAGCAAAACUGUAUUUCUAUUUACUGGGAGAAUUUCUAGUCAGUAUUUAAAGUACAAAAUUCAUUUUUUUUUUAUUAAAUAACUUUAUAUUUCUUAUUUAAGAAUAAAAAAGACAAUGUUAAUUAAAUUCACAUUACAACACUAAAAGUGUAUAAGACUGAACUGUACUCAACUAAAAUGUAUUACAUUAAUGUAAUUUAUAAUAUUUUUAUAAUAAAUUAAAAGUAUAAAACAGUUUAAUUAAAUUAUUUUUGGCGCGUUUAAGGUAAUGUAUCUUCACUUCAGAACUUAAUUGUAAAGCAAUAGGAUAUAUCUGUGGUCAUAAGCUAUAACCGCCUAAGUCGAAAAAUCUGAAUUCGAGAAAAAACGUUUUAAUCAUUUGGAUUGUAAUGUUAACGUAAUGGGGAAUCUAAAAUAUGUUCGUCUAUAGUUUUUUAAAUAGCCUAGCUAGCGAGAUGUAGAUUUCACAUACACAUGGGAUAGUAGUUGUAUGUAGAA